CUAAAUCACAUGGGCCACCUCAUAAUAUAUCGCUCCUAUUUAGCAAUCUAAUCAACCAAAUUUUUUUCUGAUAUUACACCACUGCUCAUGUGCCUAGUUGCUGACAAAAGAGGUCCAGGUUAGGGGUAUUAUUUCAUUGCAACUUGAACCAUUUCUUUUUAUAAGAGAAAAGCAUAAAUCGAAACAACAAAGAAAUCAGACGCACACAAUAGCAGAAUGCCAAAACUGCAGAGAUACAGAGGAGUGAGGCAGAGGCACUGGGGUUCCUGGGUCUCAGAAAUAAGACAUCCAUUACUAAAAACUAGGAUUUGGUUGGGUACCUUUGAGACAGCUGAAGAUGCGGCAAGGGCCUAUGACGAGGCGGCGAAGUUCAUGUGCGGAGCGAGAGCGAGGACCAACUUCCCGCUGAAUUCGAGCUCGGUGUCGGCUUUAUCGCCCAGCCUUGUGGCUAAGCUGGAGAGAUGCUGCAUUGCUUCUCAAGAGGAGAUGAGGAGAGCCAAAGUGGAGAUGGAAAGCGAGGAAAUGAAGUGCAUGGAUGAGGAGUCUAUUGAGGAGAUGAUUGAGGAGCUAACAUACUAUGGUUCUGUGGAGAUAUCAUCUUCCUACUCAUCUUCUUCUACUGCCACCUCUUGCUCCAAUUCCAUAAAUUGAGCUUUAGCUGGUUUUAUAAGAAAAAGCUAUGGGGCAUUAUGCCUGGGGCUUUAUUUCGGAAACUAAUUAUAGUGGAGAAUUGAGAGAGUUGGUUUUUAUGAUUUUGAGCAUCAUCAUCAUCAUCAUUAACCGGUCAGCUGCAUGACUCCUCAUUCUCUAUUGUAUGAAAUAUUAAACGUUAUUAUGAUUUUUUUUGCA